ACAGUGAAAGGAACCAUACCUUUUGUAAUGUUGGACGGCAAUACGCACUUAACUCCCUCCUUUCACCCCCAUAUAUACCCCUACUCCAGUUGUCUUUCGCAAAGGAAAGAAAAACCCUAAGCUUCUGUCUCUUUUUGAUUGCUUUUUCAUUGAAGUUUCUAAGUAGUAAGAAGAGGCCAUGGCUAAGGAUAUUGAGGUUGGUGGUGAGUUUCAAGCCAAGGACUACCAUGAUCCUCCACCAGCUCCACUGGUCGAUCCGGAGGAGUUGACAAAGUGGUCUUUUUACAGGGCUAUAAUAGCUGAGUUUAUUGCCACGCUACUGUUUUUGUACAUCACUGUGUUGACAGUGAUUGGAUACAGUAGCCAGACUGAUACCGCCAAGGGCGGUGAACAAUGUGGUGGUGUUGGCAUUCUUGGCAUUGCUUGGGCUUUUGGUGGCAUGAUCUUUAUUCUUGUUUACUGCACUGCUGGUAUCUCAGGGGGACACAUCAACCCAGCAGUGACCUUUGGGCUUUUCCUGGCUAGGAAGGUGUCCUUGGUCCGAGCCAUAUUGUACAUGGCUGCUCAAUGUUUGGGAGCCAUCUGUGGAUGUGGGCUGGUGAAAGCAUUCCAAAAGUCUUACUUCCAACAGUAUGGAGGAGGAGCCAACAAACUCGCUGAUGGAUACAGCACUGGAACCGGUUUGGCAGCUGAAAUUAUUGGCACUUUUGUUCUUGUCUACACUGUUUUCUCUGCUACUGAUCCCAAGAGGAAUGCAAGAGACUCCCAUGUCCCUGUCCUGGCACCACUUCCCAUUGGAUUUGCUGUGUUCAUGGUCCACUUGGCCACUAUUCCGAUCACUGGCACCGGCAUCAACCCUGCUCGUAGUUUUGGAGCUGCUGUUAUCUACAACCAAGACAAGCCAUGGGAUGACCAGUGGAUUUUCUGGGUUGGACCUUUCAUUGGUGCUGCCAUUGCUGCAAUCUAUCACCAAUUUAUCCUGAGGGCAUCUGCUGUUAAAGCUCUUGGAUCCUUCAGGAGCAGCUCUGUCAUAUAAAAAAACAAGCAAUAAUUCUCCAGCCACAAGCUCAAAAAAGGGUUUCCAUGGAGGAAUGAAUUAAGUAUUAACUAUGGUCAAGAGGCUUUUUCAGACCAUUGAAUUUGUAAAUUAUAAUGGAAGGUGUCAUGUUUCUCUGUAUCUGGCACUUCUUUUUAACGUGCCAUCAUCCCCCUUUCAUUCCUUUUCCUUCCUUUUGUUUUGGUCGUCUUUGGUGUCUCUAUGUUGUCGUUGAAAAUUUUAUAAAAUCAAGAACUUUAUGUUGCUUUA